AACAGCAGCUGUCUCUAAGCGUGUCAUCGCCGUUCGUUUUUCGUCCGUUUCUUUGGUCAGCAUUACGGUACAGAACCCACGUGCGCCACUGAACUACAAGUGCGAAGUAGGAGCCACCUCCAACGUCACCGUCGUCCAGUGGUUCUUGAACAACCAUGGGCACCUUCAUAGGCCACGCAAUUCCCGGAACAUUCCUCUUCAUUUUCGGUACAUGGUGGGCUUUCGCGAUGUGGCGCAACUACAUCCGCAGCAGGCAGAACAAACAACCCUUCGCAUGCCGUUGCUCGUACCCGGUGCCGUGCCUCUCACGGAAGUUCAGCAUAGAAGGCAUCUUGAAGAUCGUCACCUGUUCCUACGGCAUCGCCAGCGAGGCUCACGCUAUAACGGCACUAGGUGGCACCGAAGACGCGGCAGUCACCCAGCACAAAGCAUGUACGCGUUUUAUCUUCUCAGCGGCAUCGUGGACGUCUUGUACAACGCCGGGUUCCCGUUUCCGCGGCACACGGACUACGUGUCGCUGCUGCUUGCCGUCGCCUCGGAGGGCCUGCUUUUCUACUUCCACGUGCACGGAAGGCCGCCCCUAGACGUCAUGGUGCACACCCUCUUGGUGUACACCAUAGCCGCGGUGGUGGUCUGCAUCAUAGCCGAGAUGUGUCGGCCGCAGAGCGUACUGGUAUCCCUGGGUAGAGCGUACUUUUGCCUCUUGCAAGCCACUUGGAUAUGGCAGAUCGCCUUCAUCCUCUACGGCCACAAUCCCUGGGACGUGGACAGCCAUAUGGCCAUGAUGUUGGCUGCCAGCGCAUUCGCGUGGCACAUGAUGGCUGUGUUAGUCUACGUUGGUGUGCUGGGUGCUGUGGCGCUGGUGGUGAAUCGAACGUUCGGGAGGUUCUGCCACGACGUCGUUUCGGGAGAUGUGGAUGGGGCUGAUGACCUCGGUGAAUUAUUAAUAAAGCGUGACAUCCGAAGUCGACCUGAACGUGGUUCUGGAGAGGAUACCUGGUGA